AAAGUCCAGGAACCGAACCACCACCACCCCCCCUCCCCACCCCCCCCCACCCCCAAAGAAAAAUCUGCCAGAGAAAGACAGGGAGGGAUUUCAAAGGAUGUCUGCAGAUAGACAACGUGCUGGCUGGAACUUUGUGAACACAUAACAGCAACAACAAAAAGUUAACUUUGAGGAAAGUUUCCAAAACUUUUCAGCAGUUUGGAGGAAAGUGGCUCCUUGGGGAAGUGUGGUCAGGACAGGUCAACAUUGAAGCAGGUUGUAUGGGGAAUGGCAAGGAGCAAUAAGAAGUGAGUGAGGGGGAGAGUGUGUGUGUGUGUAGGGGGUGAUGGAGCAGCCGACGAGGAAGUAUUGCCCUUGUCUACAGGUGUUGUGGGAUCGCAUUUGGCCCCAGCCUCUUCCUUCCAACACCCGGCAGGAUCGGCCGCGGAUCGCUGUCAUCUCCGCUCCCUACCUGCAGUCCAAAGCGACCCCCAGCCCGGCUCCCACCCGGCCCAUUAGACCGGGGGCAGGAGCCGGAGCCGGACCCGUCUACGCCGCUUUGUACAACUUCCAGGCCAGGAACACCGAGGAGAUGUCGCUGACCAAGGGGGACAAGGUCCGCGUCAUCCGAGACGAGGGAGACUACUUCUUCGCCCAGAAGGGGCCCGGCGACCGGGGCUUAGUCCCUUUCAACUAUGUGACACUCCUGCAGGAAGGCGUGGAGAGAGAAGCGUGGUACUUUGGAGAGAUUGGAAGAGCAGAAGCAGAAAAAUUGCUGACGUCGGCAGAAAAUCAAAAUGGAGUCUUCCUGGUGCGCAUGAGUGAGACUGACAAUGGUCGUUAUUCAAUAUCGGCUUUGAACGAUAAAGUACAUCACUAUCGGAUAUCGUCCUCGUCACAAGGAUCAUUUUAUCUUCAAGAAAACCAAUCGUUUUCCACCAUUAAAGACCUCGUGGAAUUCCACAAAAAAAAUUGGAAGAUCUUUGGCUUUCCGCUGACGAAGCCUUGUGCAAAGCAAGCAGCUUAUCAAGUUGACGAAUGGGAAAGGCCCAGAGAAGAAUUCACUUUGCUGCGAAAACUAGGAGAAGGAAACUUUGGAGAGGUCUGGGAAGGAGCUUGGGGAGAAGACCAGCGCGUGGCGAUCAAAAUGCUUAAAAAAGAUGAUAUGAACGUCGAUGUGUUUCUUCAAGAGGUGAAAGUUAUGAAGAGCAUCAACCAUCCGAAGCUGGUGCAGCUGUACGCCGUUUGUUCAAUUGUAGAACCCGUUUACAUCAUCACAGAACUCAUGACCAAAGGAAACCUGAAGGACUAUCUCCAUGGGGAGGAGGGAGAAGUGUUAACAACCACACACCAUGUUUACAUCGCUAGCCAAGUGGCUGAAGCAAUGGCGUACUUAGAAAAACAUAAGUUUGUCCAUCGAGAUUUGGCUGCAAGAAAUGUCCUUGUUGGAGAGGAACUGGUCUGCAAAGUGGCCGACUUCGGAUUAAUGAGACUGAUCCGGGAUGACGUGUAUAAUAUCCGAGCGGGGACCAAAAUUCCGGUGAAGUGGACGGCGCCCGAAGCUGCAAACUACCGCAGAUUUUCGGUAAAAUCAGACGUGUGGUCAUUUGGCGUUCUCCUGCACGAGAUCGUGACCUACGGCAAUGAUCCAUAUGAGAGAAUGACAAACCAGGAAGUUGUGGAAAAAAUAAGCCAGGGAUACAGAAUGCCUUGUCCCGAGACUUGCACGGCAGACAUGUAUGGAAUAAUGGUUCGGUGUUGGAAUGCAACUGAAGAACACCGGCCGACCUUCAGCGUACUGAUGGAUGAACUCAAUUCCCUCUACACCCAAUAUUAUUACCAAAGCCAAGAGCAAUCUCCAAACAGGGACUGAGUUUGAACACGUCGAACAUGACUCUGAUGGAAGAAGUGGAGGUUGCAUUCCCUCUGUGGAUGGAAUGGACACGCGAGACCCAUCUCGAGACAUCGAGUCAUAGACACAUAGUCAUAGAGACAUAGAUACAGAGACAUAGAGAGAUAGAGUCAGAGAGUGGUGAGUGUGGAAU